GUGGACUGCGUCUCAGGAAAGGUCUUCUUCAGCACAGAGGCGGAGCCGGGCGAGCUGAGGAAACUGAAGUCUGGGGAGCGGCUGUUUUUGCUGCUAAAGAAACACACCCCACUUGCAGUUUCUAGAAAUAAAGGGAAAAUGCUGCAUGAGAUUAAAAGCCUUGUCAUUGAGGAACCAAAGCAUUGGCUGGAUAUUAUCUCUGUUUGGAGAAACCUUCAUGGGACUGAGGGGAAAAAAGAUGAUGUUUCUCAAGAAAAUGGGUUGACUCCUAAGAGAAAAUCAGAAGAAGAGACAAAUAUUGCAAUUAAACGGCAGAAAACAGAACAAGUGAGAGAGACUGUGUCAGAGGAAUGUCAAGUGGAAGUUGGAGAGAGUUGUGUGGUACCAGAGAGAAAGAGUGAUCAGGACUACCGGACUGCAAGCAAGACUUCAUUAGAAGACCCUUCCAAAAGCAGUGGAGAGAAACCUAUUGUGAAUGAGCAGCUUAGCUUCAGUUUCAGAGUUUCUUGUCGUUGUAGUGGAGCGAUUGCCAAAAUACUUAGGUCACAGGAGAUUGGAAGAGCCAUUGGCAUAGCACUCAUGAAGCAGUAUGGGUGGCAGGCCGAUCUGCGGGACCCUGAUCUAGAGAUCUUUGUACAUCUUAAUGACAUUCACUCUGUGGUGGGGAUUCCUCUUUUCAGGCUUCCAUUGGCAAACAGAGAGUAUAUCAAAACAGCAGGACUGCGGUCAACAAUUGCAUGGGUCAUGGCAUCUCUGGCUGAAAUUAGUGCAGGUGCCUUUGUGCUGGAUCCUAUGUGUGGACUAGGAACGAUACUGCUGGAAGCUGCCAAAGAGUGGCCUGAAGCCUGUUACUGGGGUGCUGAUAUAAGUGAUUCACAGCUGGAGGGUGCAGAUGUGAAUAUUAGGACUGCAGGCUUGAUGGAUAAGAUUGAGUUAUUUAAAGCUUCUGUGAAAGCAUUGCCAUUGCCUUCUGAAAGCUUUGAUGCUGUGAUUUCGGAUAUUCCAUUUGGGAAGAAAUUCAAGAUCACAAAAGACAUACGGCUCCUUCCAGAUAUUCUCCAGGAAAUGGAGAGGGUACUUUGUGUUGGAGGGACUAUGGUAUUGCUGCUGAGUCAAGAUCUCCAUAAGCGCAUGGAUGACAUUACCAAGUGUGCUGAAAAUGAGUCUCCUAAUGCCAUUUCUGAUGGUGCAAUUGAAACCACCACUGCAAACGCCCUGAACGUUGAUGGGAAUUCUUCCUCCUUGGUGAAUGGUGUUGAAGAAUCCUUUCUCAGCAGCAGACAGACACGUCUUGGGUCUCUGGUGCCAGAUGGCAUCUAUGGAGUUAGUCUUGGAAAGACAGAUGCUUUCAUAUACAAAUACAGGAAGAUCUCCACUGCUGGGAGUUGGUAG